AUGGCCGUGCCCAACCAGGGAACUUGCGAGUUGCUGAGGGCGUUCAUCAGCCCGGACGGAGCAACGCGCACGGCCGCUGAAGAGCGGCUGAAGGAGGCGGUUCGAGGUGCUCCCAAUGAGCUUGUGAAGGAACUGCUGGCGGUACUGCUUGCCUUCGGUGAGAAUGGUGCUCCUGCCGAACUUCGGUCUGAGGCAGUUGUACUUUUAAGGCAGUGCGCAGGUAACAGCGCGCGCUGUUGUUGGGAUCAGCUCGAUCCCAGCACCAAGCAGGCGGUUCAGGAGCAGAUCGUUGUGUCCUUGAUCAAGGACCCCUCCAAGCCAGUCAGGCGCCAGGCAGGCCACGUCAUCAGCACAGUGGCGCACGCCGUCGCAGAGAAUUAUGCGGAGCUCAUGAAGGCAUGGCCUCAGCUUCUGCCUUUCCUGUCCCAGACUGUUGGUGCGGGAGCGGAUGCUGAUCAGGUGACAGCCUGCCUUCAGGUCCUGCAAGAAUUGGUGGAGAUAGUUGGUGACGAGCUUCUAAAACAGGGGCCGCAAGCAGUAACAAUGCUGCAGACCUGUCUCGGCACUCCAUCUGCAGAGGUGCGCGCAGCAGCUGCCCAACUAGCUCUGCAAAUGGUGGAGGAUCUGGAGAAGGACGUAGCGGCACCUUUAGGUGCUCUGAUGCCCACGCUCUUUGCGGUGAUAAAGAGCUUUGCCGUGGAGUCAGAGCAUGAAGAGAUUCUGAAGGAAACGAUAGAGUCGUUGAUGUCGGCAGCCGAAGAGGAACCAGAGUUCUUCAAGGAAAAUGGCCUGCAGCAAGUGUGGCCGCUGCUGCUAGAAAUGUGUCGGGCUGAUCACUGGGGCGACGCUCAAGUCCGACACAGUGCGAUGGAAGCGGCGAUGACUUUCUUUGAGGGCCUCUGCGAGGACUUUUGCAAAGCCGAGGGGCAGCCCUUUCUGGAGCAGUUGAUUUUGCUCAAUCUCGAGUGGAUGUUGGAGGUUGAGGAAAAUGUCGACACCUGGACUUCGAGUGCAGACCAGGAGGAAGAAGAUAUCGAUGACGAUCUGGUGGGCAUCGGCGAAGAAAACCUUGACCGACUGGCCCAGCAAUGUGCUGAAAAAGAUGCCCUCGAAGAGGCUUUCAUGCCCACUCUCUUCAAGGUUUUGAGAGCAGUUUUAUCUGCACCCGCCAGCACCUGGAAGCAGGUGCGAUCAUGCGUGAUGGCCGUGUCGCAGGUUGUGGAGUACAUCGAAGAGGAAGCCUGGGUGGACCAGUGCAUAGAUUUUUUGGUGCCACACACGUCUCAUGCGCAUCCUCGAGUUCGGUAUGCUGCAUUCCAAGCCGUUGGGCAAACAGCCUAUGACCACGACCCCUAUGUCGCAGAGAACCAUGCAGAGACCCUGCUGCCGUUGAUACUGGCCGGGUUGGAUGACAAGAACAUCCGCGUGGCAACAAGCUCGGCAAGCGCUCUUUCUAGCAUGGAGGACAUGGAUGAGGAAGACCUCGAGCCUCACAUGGAAGCAUUGAUGACCAAGCUUUUCACUCGCCUGCAGCAGGGCCAAUCGCGAGCAAUGCAGGAGACCUGCCUCUCUGCCAUCGCCGUGGUGGGAGAAGCUGCGUCUGAGCUUUUCCUGCCCUACUACGGGCAUGUCAUGCCUGCGUUGAAGCAGCUGAUUGCCAAUUCCAAAGAUGAGCAGAAGAGCCUCCGUGGCAAAGCCUUUGAAUGCGCAAGUCUUCUCGGAGAAGGCGUCGGCAAGGAGACGUUUGCAUCAGAUGCACACGAGAUCAUGCAGAUCAUGGUGCGCUACUUCCAAGUUGGCUUCGAAGCUGACGACCAGACCCGAGAAUACGUCCAUGAGGCUGCUGGGCGUGUGGCUGGCGUGUUGGGCAAGGACUUCAAACCUUACAUGCCCGCGUUGCUGCCGAGCCUCCUCAAGGUCUUGCAGCAGCAGCCGGCACAAGUGGAGUCGGACAACGAGGACGAGGAGUACACUCAUGUGCUGCAAGACGGCAAGCUUCUGGGCUUGAAGACAGCGGUGCUGGACGAGAUGUGCGAGACAUUGACACUGAUCGCCUCGCUGAUGGAGGCCUUGGAGGAGGAGUUUGUAGAGUUCCUCCCUGACACCUGUCGGCAACUGAUGCCGCUGAUGGACUUUCCAGUGUCCGAGGAGGUGCAGGACAAGGCGAAUGCAACGUGGGAGCACGUAGUCCACUGCGCGCGGACGGCUGCUGAAAAUGGCAAGUGCGAGUCGGUGCUUGUUGGUCAGCUCGUGGGCGAGUUCCUGAGAAGCACGGUUGCGAUGAUGACAAAGCUUCCCAGCGAAGCAAAGGAGCAGGGCCCGGCGAAUUUAUCCCAGCUGCAGGCACAAGCCUCUGCUAUGGCUGGGGUCAUCAAAAAGGCAGGCCGGAAAGUCCUCUCAAAGCAGGAUGUUCUGAACCUGGUACAGGUGCUGGCCGAAUUGCUUGUACGGGUGAAAAUCGAGAACGAGCCCGCCGAAUCAGCGCCCAAGAAGAAGAAUCAGGGAAAGGUUGAUGACAGCGAUGAAGAGAAAGAGGAGAGCUCUGAGGAAGGCUCCGUGAGCCGUCAGUCCGUCCGCUUUAGCCUGGUGGACGUCGCUGGCGCGCUGAUGCGGGCCAGCCGUGAGGAGUUCGCAGAGGUGGGCCUCUCAAUCUUCAUGGAGCUCGUCCGUGCUUUGCUCCAGAAUGGCAGUGACAGCGAGAGAAGUCUCGCCCUGUACAUUGCGGAUGAGGUGGUUGAAUGCCUGGGAGAGUUGAGCGUGCCCCACUGGAACACCUUCAUGGAGCACGCAUGCAACAGCAUCACAGACAAGACCGCCGUCAUUAGACAGCAUUCAGCGAGUGUGGUUGGGAAUGGAUCACGAUUGCCAAUCUUCGCGCAGAUUGCCCCAUUGGCCGCGUCUCAGCUUGCUCGGGUUUUGCAGAAGCAUGGCGAAAGGCAUCGAAGGCGUCGGGCUGUCAAUAGCGAGGCCAAGCAAGUGGCCGCAUCAGUCGACGCCUCCAUUUGGGCUCUCGGGAUGAUCUGCGAGCACCAGGAGAAGAAUGUUGGAGGUGAUUCCACUGGGGCCUGGCAGAUGUGGCUGUCGCACAUGCCGCCGCGCUACGACAAGGAGGUCGGUCAGAAGGCGAGUGCCCAGCUCCUGGAGCUCGUGGUCAAGAACCACCCCGUGGUUACGGCGCCGGAGCAAUUGCCAAGGGUGCUAGCAAUCUUUGCGGAUGUCUACAAGCUUGUGGCUUACUUGUGCCCUUGCCCAUGCACUUGGGAAAGCCAGGCUAGUUCUUGCCUCUUCUGA